UUGGUUCAUGUUAGUGCUACGUAUGUGUAGUAGAUAGGUAGCUUUCGAAUAGAGUGUAGAAGCACAAGUGUAAAGUUAUAAUUUUAAUGACCAGAACUAUGAAAUUUUAUUUAAUUACCAUUUAAAAUAUUUAUUACCUGGGGUAAAGCAGAAUGAGCUCAUACUUACAGAAUAUUUCGUUUAAUCACCCUCCUCAUUAUUACCAAGAACUUCCGUCAGAAGAGGAGGAAAGACUGGAAAAGUUGUUCAAACAGUUAGAUAUUGACGAAGAUGGCAGGAUUGAUUUUGAAGAUCUCACAGAAGCUCUUCAAAGAAUGGGAUUACCACACAUUCCAAGUCAUGUUGCGAAAUUCAUUGAGAAGUCAGACUUGGCCAAAAGUGGUAAUGUUGAUUUUGCCGAAUUUGUGCACUAUGUGAUUGAACAUGAAAAACAGUUAAUGGUAGUGUUCAAGAGUAUAGACCAAAACAAAGAUGGUAGAAUUGAUGCACUUGAUAUUUCAAAUGCAUUCAAGAAACUUGGAAUUUCUCUAAACCAUCAAGAAGCAAUUUGUCUUGUACAGCGCAUGGACAAGGAUAAGACUCUCACAAUCAAUUUUGAUGAAUGGAGGAGUUACUUACUUUUUCAUCCUUCACCCGAUUUGAAGGACAUCUACCACUACUGGAGACAUUCUACUUUUGUAGAUAUUGGAGAAGAUACUCUUGUUCCUGAUGACUUUACAGAAACUGAAAUGCAAACUGGCAUGUGGUGGCGGCAUUUGGUAGCAGGUGGUAUAGCAGGAGCUGUUUCUAGAACAUUUACAGCACCACUAGACAGAUUAAAGGUGUUUUUGCAGGUGAAAGGAGCUGAGUUUGCCUCUGUGCGAUCUUGUUUUGUGCACAUGUUACAUGAGGGUGGAAUCCACUCCUUAUGGCGAGGUAAUGGAAUAAAUGUACUGAAGAUAGCACCAGAAAGUGCACUGAAAUUUAUGGCUUAUGAACAAGCCAAACGAUUUAUUCGAAGUACCAGAGACAGUGGCAGAGAUCUGGGAAUAUUGGAAAGGUUCAUAGCUGGAUCUUUGGCUGGUGGUUUCUCUCAAACAGUUAUUUAUCCUCUAGAGGUUUUGAAAACUAGGCUUGCUCUCAGAAAGACAGGCCAAUACUAUGGAAUCUGGGAUGCAGCAAAUAAAUUGUAUAACAAUGGUGGAAUUAAAAAUUUUUAUCGUGGUUAUGUACCAAACCUUCUUGGUAUAUUGCCAUAUGCAGGAAUUGAUUUAGCUAUCUAUGAAACUCUUAAAAAAAUGUAUCUAAGACAACAUUCGAAGCAAGAGGACCCAGGUGUUCUGGUAUUAUUAGCUUGUGGUACUAUAAGCAGCUCAUGUGGUCAAAUAGCAAGUUAUCCAUUAGCUUUAGUUAGGACUCGACUACAAGUUCAAGAAAAUACAUCAGAAAAUAGCAUGGUGUCUGUGUUUCGUGGCAUUGUCCAACGAGAAGGAUUUAGUGGAUUAUACCGAGGAAUGACUCCAAAUUUCAUGAAAGUUGCUCCAGCUGUAAGUAUCAGCUAUGUGGUGUAUGAACAUGUACGUCGAAUGUUGGGAGUCUCCAUGACGUAACAUCUGUGGUGUUUAGUAUUAAAUUUAGGAUGUCUGACUAUAAAGCUCCAGCUAGAAAUUUCCUACUUUUAUCUAAUUCUAAUGGUUUGACAGAUCUUUCUAAUUUUCUUAGUUUUUAUUUUACUGUACUUGCAUCAGUUUUUGUAUAUUGAGAGCUCAGGAAAGAUGAACUGUAUAACUGGUAUAAAUUAUGAUCAGUCAAAAACUUUUUCCUAUGUGUUUUAAAACUAGGUUCCAUUUGUUAAAUUGCUUUGUAACUUAUUUCGAGGUAUAUGUAUUUUGUAAUUUGCUUAUUUUAAGUUUCAUUCCAAAAUUCAUUCAUUUUUUGCCACUAAUUUUCUCACACUCAUUUAUGUUUAGCUUUUAAGAUAUAGAAAAAUUUUACCCCAUGUGCAACAGAAAAAUCUAUUUUUUAUUAGUAUCUUUUAAAAUAAUUUAGGAGUUGGCACUUACUGAAUUGGGAAAUCUAAUUUUAUUGUUUGUAGAUUUAAAAAAAUAUAUCAGAAGCAGACUUCAAUACCUGUGGUGGUUUAUAACACAAACUAUUAUGUAGGUUUGUGCUUAAACAGUGAACAAUUUUUCAAUUUAAAGAAAUUCUUAAAUCAUCAAAUUGCCUUUACUAUUAUAACCAAUGGCAAGGAAAUACUAUAAUUUCUUGAUCUAAAAUUUUUCUUUCUUUAUCAGCC